CAGGGAGGAGAAAGGCGGCGGCGGCGGCUGGAGAGCGGGGCUGCUGCCGCGGCGAGCGGGUAGGGCACCGGCUCAGCGCUCCAUUCCGUUACGCCGUUCUCUUCACGUCAGUGCCCGCUGCCUCAAGUCACCACCCCCCCCGGACACCCGUCGGACCAGAGAGGCAGUGCCAGCUCUUCAGGUGCCUUCGUCAUGGAUGAAACUGUUGCUGAGUACAUCCGACGGACUGUACUUAAAAUCCCGCGGGAUGAAAUCAAGACGAUGCUACAGAAAUGGGGCUUUCUCUCUGAGGCACAGCUGAAAACCCUAAACUUCCACCAGAUGAAGGAAAACAUUUCUCAGGAUGUGGUUUAUCUUUGUGAGGAAAAUUCUGCAGACAUAAAGCAAGCAGCUGUCCUUGACAUAAUUUACAACCACAUCUACCCAAACAAAAGAAUAUGGAGCGUUUACCAGAUGAACAAAAGAGGGGAAGAAACGGAAGUUUUUGACUUAACAGAUUUCAAAAAAAAGUUUAAAAGCCGACUUCGGUCAGCCUUGAAAAACGUCACCAUCAACUUUAGAGAAUAUGAGGAUAAUGCAAUCUGGAUUAGAAUUGCCUGGGGAACACCGUAUACAAAACCAAACCAGUACAAAACCAGUUACGUUGUGUACCAUUCACAGACUCCCUAUGUCUUCAUUUCUGCCUCGGUGCUUAGGAGCAAUUUGCCUCUGCUGUGUCAGGCCCUGGUUGUUGCUUCCAAUUACCAUGACAUCUGUGAAAUGGAGCUUCGAAGUCAUUCUUUAAACUCCCUUAAAGAUAUUGUGUUUAAGAGAUACAGCCAGAACUUCCAAAGUUAUUAUCCCAAACCUCUGCAAGAAAGAAACGUAGCACCAGAAGCUGCAGAUUUAAGGAUAAUUCAAGAAAACAAAAGUGAGAAAGAAAGAAUACAGAGACUGACUCGGGAAGCUUUUGGUGAUGGUCCCCAACCGAAACUUGAAUUUGCACAAUAUAGGCUUGAGACAAUGUUUAAAAGUGAUCCUAAAAUGGAUGUUUUGGAUAAAAAAGAACCCUUCAGAUGUCUGGUCAAGUUUUCUAGUCCCCAUCUUUUAGAAUCAUUGAAAUCCUUGGCACUAGCAGGUAUGGCUGAUGCACCACUUUCACCACUGCUUACAUGUAUACCACAAAAAGCUAGGAAUUAUUUUAAAAUUAGAGAGAAAAAAGGUGUAUUACCAGAAAGUUUUGUAAGCCCUUAAUUUAAAAUUGAUUCAUACAAAACACAGAACUCAUUUCUUAUUGUUAUUAAUCUAAAUCAUCAUAAACUUUUUAAAACACAUCUUAAAGAAAAUAACUUAUUCUUUGAUAAUUCCUUAAAGUUUUUUCCAAACGAUGGCUGCUUUGAAUUAUUUUUCCACAUUUACCUUUAACAGAAGAGUUAGCCCUUUACUUGAAUAAUAAAAAAAACAUAUAUUGCAAAGCUUAAACAGAGAUCGUGGUUAUUAUAAAUCUAAAUGUGGUGAUUGCUCUUAACUGUAUUUUUAAUAUUAUUUGAGAAGUUAAAGCUUAAUAAAGAUACAAUGUGACAGCUGUAGCUGUUCAAUUGACUGUCACAGCUGUAGAUGGUGAAGAUAUUCUCAGUGGCUGCCUCACUCGGGCUCCAGUCCAGCCCAGUGACAGACACCUGCCCCUUUCCCACAUGUGAAUAGUCCCCUUCAGACAAGGGAAACUGCUUGUCGGCCCGUCAGGCGUGUUUUUACCUUAGUGGGUGAAGAUUAGAUUCAAAGACUGUUACAGGGCAGUGGGGGAGAAGGGACUCUAGGAAUAGGGAUGUCAGCAAGAAGUUUCCAUCCAGCUUUAGUGGGUAUGAAUUGAGAUCCAGAGGUUUUACUCACCAAGGGCAACAGGCAAUAAAUACUUAAAAAAAAAAAGAAAAAGAAAAAUCUUUCUAUUGCUAUAAAUGUCUUGUGAAAUUUUAUCUUGGAGGGAUGCAAUGAAAAAGGCAAUAAUUUUCUUUUGAGGAAGACCAUGUUUUAGAACUUUGAAUUCAGAUUUGAUCCUUCUGUGAUCCUUGCGAGUUCCCACUCGCAGCAUCAAGACGGCGACGUUCACUAAUGCAAAUGACAGCUCUGGAGCUCUUUGGAGUUGGUAAAGUGUAAUUGGUAAUUAUAUAGGUAUUGUUAUGUAACCUGCUGCAUCACUUUUGAGAUUAAUUUGAUCUGAAGAUCCAGUUACAGUGUACAAGUGUUUCUAUUUUAAUUCUGUUACCUGGAAACCUGGUGUGUAGGGAAUUUCCGAUUCCGUUUAGAUGUGUCAAUGUACAGAGACAGUCCAUGUGACUUCACGGCACUGUGUAAAUAUUUAGAGAGGUUGUAUGGGAAUGCUUUUGUUUUCAAACCGUAAAUAAAUGUGUAAAUUACCUCUUCUCAUAGAA